GUUUAAAUAAUCUCAACUCAUUAUUCAAGUAAGAAGCAUAAAGUCCACUUUUACCUUAGAAAUAGGCGUGGGAAACGCACUUUGAUAAGAUUCCAACCCAAACGCACUUUCUUUUCUUCAGUGUUUCCAUGCCUACCUCCCCAAUACUUCACAUAAUCUUCCACAUUUCUCCUUAACAUUAUUCAACUUCAAUUUCAACACAGAAAUCAAUCAAAUCACACACAAAAAAAUAAAAUAAAACAGAAAUAACUAUAUGCACACAUCUUCAGAAUUCUCAGAGGAAAUGGCCUUAAACAACAAUAAAACCAAGAAACCCAUUUCCCCAUCAAAUUUCUAUUUCUUCACAACCCUUUUGUUCAUUGUACUCUUUACCAUACCAGCUUUUUUCCUUCUUCACACCCCUACCACAACUUCUAUUUGCACCACCUUUGCCUCCCACCAAUCAAAAACUUGGUCUGGUGAUCUUACUUUAGCUGAAUUUUCAUGGAACAAGCUUUCAUUUUUUCCACACAAAAAACCACUUUUACCUCUAAAAAUUGCUGUUUUCACAAGAAAAUGGCCUAUUGGUACAACCCCAGGUGGCAUGGAACGCCAUGCUUAUACCCUUCAUACUGCUUUAGCUCAAAGAGGACAUAAAGUUCAUAUUUUUACAUCACCCCAAGAUGAAAAAACUUCAAUUAAAGGUAACCCUUUUAUUCAUUUUCAUGAAGGUGAAUUUGGAAAGUGGAGAUAUAAUAAAGCAUUGGAACAAUUUCAGGAAGAGAACAAGAUUGAACCUUUUGAUGUUAUUCAUUCAGAAAGUGUUGCACUUCCUCAUUAUGUAGCUAGGAAUCUUCCAAAUCUUGCAGUGUCUUGGCAUGGAAUAGCACUUGAGAGCUUGCAAUCAAGUAUUUUUCAGGAUUUAGCUAGAAGAUCUGAUGAACCUAUUUCACCUCUUUUCAAUAAUAGUUUACAGGGUAUUGUUCCUAAGGUUCUUAAUGAGAUAAGAUUCUUUCAAAGUUAUGCUCAUCAUGUUGCUAUUAGUGAUAGUUGUGGCGAAAUGUUAAGGGAUUUCUACCAAAUUCCUACAAGAAGAGUUCAUGUGAUUGUUAAUGGGGUUGAUGAGGAUGAGUUUGGUGAAGAUGUUGAAUUAGGAAGGGAAUUUAGAACACAAAUUGGGAUUCCAAGGAAUGCAAGUUUAGUACUUGGUGUAGCUGGGAGAUUAGUUAAAGACAAAGGUCAUCCUUUGCUUUAUGAAGCAUGCUCUAGGCUAAUAACAAAACAUCCUAAUGUGUAUUUGAUUAUUGCUGGUUCUGGACCAUGGGGGAACAGGUACAAAGAUUUAGGAAACCAGGUUCUUGUUUUAGGGUCAAUGAGUCCUACCAUGUUGAGAGCAUUUUAUAAUGCUAUUGACAUUUUUGUCAAUCCAACACUUAGGCCACAAGGGCUUGAUCUUACUCUGAUGGAGGCUAUGAUGAGUGGGAAGCCUCUUUUAGCAUCAAGGUUUCCAAGCAUUAAAGGUACUCUUUUGGUUGAUGAUGAGUAUGGUUUCAUGUUCUCUCCUAAUGUGGAGUCUUUGCUUGAGGCACUUGAAGCAGUAGUGAAGGAAGGACCAAUGAGGCUAGCAAAGAGAGGAAAGGCUUGUAGGGAAUAUGCUGCAUCAAUGUUUACAGCAAAAAAGAUGGCAUUAGCAUAUGAGAGGUUAUUUCUAUGUAUAAAAGAUCCUACAUUUUGUAUCUACCCUUGAGGUUUAGGCUAGAAACACUUUUAUUUCUUUCUUUCAUUUUUUUUAAUACAUAAUAAAGAUGAUGAAGUCAGAGGGAAAUUUUACUGGUGCAUCUCUGCUAAGGAUCCUAUUGUGAAUCUAUACAUGCACCAACCUUGGCAAUUGAUGAAUAAUACCUCAAUUCCUAAUUA